CUCCUUCCCCUAAAACUUCAACCCUUCGUUCCAACGAACGAUGCACUGGCUUUACCGCAUCAGAGCAAGCCGUUUCUAUUUAAAUUCAUCCUCCGCAAGAGAAAUCGAAUCCAUCAGAAGAAAAGAACACAUAGCGAGGUUUUGGACGAGUUGAUCAUGUCUUUGCCGUCGAGUUUGACGAUUAGCGAGGCUUCGCCGGAGUGGCUGAACAAAGGGGACAACUCAUGGCAGCUGACGGCGGCGGCGAUGGUGGGGUUGCAGUCGGUGCCGGGGUUGGUGAUCCUCUACGGUAGCAUCGUGAAGAAGAAGUGGGCGGUGAACUCGGCCUUCAUGGCGCUCUAUGCCUUUUCGGCGGUGCUCGUGUGUUGGUGCCUGUGGGGCUUCAGCAUGGCCUUCGGGGAGGAGAUGUUGCCCUUCUGGGGCCGCCCCAGCGCGGUUGCGCUGGAUCAGGCACAGCUCCUAGCUCCGGGUUUUGCUGGGAUGUACCCGGCCGCCACGCUCGUCUUCUUCCAGUUCGUGUUUGCGGCCAUCACCCCCAUCCUGAUCGCCGGCUCGUUGCUCGGCCGGAUGAAUUUUAAGGCAUGGAUGCUCUUCGUGCCACUCUGGCUCACCUUCUCCUACACCGUCGGCGCUUUCAGUCUUUGGAGCCCAAAUGGCUUCCUCUUCAAGGCCGGCGUCAUGGAUUUCGCCGGCGGUUACGUCAUCCACCUCUCGUCCGGCGUAGCAGGACUCACCGCCGCCUACUGGGUACAUAUCUGA